UACAACCGUCUUUCCCCAGCUCCCGGUCUUCCUCAACCCUCCCCCGGCGUCCUCUGUGCGCUUCGUCUCCCUCCUCUUACUCCGACGCCAGAGUCAUGAAGGUCGCCAGUGGCAGCGCCGCGGCCGCCGCGGGCCCCAGCUGCGCGCUGAAGGCCGGCAAGUCGGCGGGCGGCGCGGGCGAGGUGGUCCGCUGUCUGUCCGAGCAGAGCGUGGCCAUCUCGCGCUGCGCGGGGGGCGCCGGGGCGCGCCUGCCCGCCCUGCUCGACGAGCAGCAGGUGAACGUGUUGCUCUACGACAUGAACGGCUGCUACUCGCGCCUCAAGGAGCUGGUGCCCACCCUGCCCCAGAACCGCAAGGUGAGCCGGGUGGAGAUCCUCCAGCACGUCAUUGACUACAUCUGGGACCUGGAGUUGGAGCUCAACUCGGAAUCCCAAGUCGGGACCCCCGGGGGCCGGGGGCUCCCCGCCCGGGCUCCGCUCAGCACCCUCAACGGCGAGAUCAGCGCCCUGGCGGCCGAGGCGGCAUGUGUUCCAGCGGACGAUCGCAUUUUGUGUCGCUGAAGCGCCGCGCUCAAGGACUGGCGGACCCCAGCCCUCCAGGGAGCGAGAGGAAUUCGUGUUCUCUGAUCCUACCGAGCGCCUCGCCGGAGGUGGGAAGGGACAAGAUUGAGACCCACGACCGGGGGGCGCUAUGCUGGACGCAGCCCAGGGUUGGCGGACUGAGGGCAGGCCCACCCUCCCCCGACACCUACCAGCCACCAGAGACUUGGGGGACGCCCCCCCCCGUGUGUUUCUAUUUUUUGAAAAACGAACAUUUUAAAAAAUGGUCACGUUUGGUGCUUCUCAGAUUUCUGAGGAAAUGAAUUGCUUUGUAUUGUAUAUUACAAUGAUCACCGAGAAUAUUGUUUUUACAAUAGUUCUGUGGGGUGUUUUUUGUUGUUAUUAUUAAACAAAUCCUUUAGACUGCG